AGAGCGAGCAGCGCUCUCACACUACACCCAUCAGAGCGGGAGAAAAAUAAACAAAAAUAAAAGCGCCGUUUAUUAAAACCGAAUUAUUCUAUAUUUAAACCGGUUCCUGAACCCGUUUACACUUUAUUUAUUCUCUUAAAAUAGCGGAAUGAAGAUCAGCGUACUGAGACAGCCGUGUGUUGUGUUAAAUCGCGCUGUGGAGAGAAGGACUUAAAAAAGUGCUGCUCAUUCAUUCAAAAACAGCAUAAGAAACCAUGGAUGGAGAUCCAGCAGGUGGCACCAGACUCAUCCAGAAGUUCAAGCUUAAACUCAUAGAUGCUCUCUCUGGAGAUGCAGAUUUUGUGCUCCAGCAUUGCCACUCUCUCAGUUUACUGUCUGAUCGAGAGUAUGACCAGGUAAAGCCCGCCAACGUCCCGUCUGAGAAAGUCCGGGACAUCUUGGAUUACGUGAUGAGAAAAGACAGCAGGCGUGUUCAGAUCUUCCUAAAUCUCCUAAAGAACGACGAGAUGCAGGAGACGUUUUCUAAACUCAGCUUCCUUAAAGAUCUUCCUCUCAGCAAACCACCGACUGCAGAGAAAAGGAAGAUGAAACGAGAAGAGACGAUGUUGGAAGAAGAAGUGCCACCAAAGCAAACAUGCAAAACCAGCAGCAGCAGCAGCAGCAGGAUGGUGACGGAGAAGCAGCUGAUGUUGGUGUCUCGCCACAUCGGGAGGAACUGGAAGGAGCUGGCCAGGGUGGAUCUGGAGCUCUCCAGCACCAGACUGGAGCAGAUAGAGGAGGAGAACCUCCACAGCCACAGAGAACGAGUUUUCUCCGCGCUGAGAGCCUGGAGCAUGCGGGAGAGGGACCGGGCCACGCCCACCCGGCUCCACUCGCUCCUCACUCAGGAGGAGAACGCCGUCACUCCAGGGAGCCUAGACUUCCUGCUGGAGGAGAACUGAGCAGGUUCCUCAGGAGGAGAGCCGGUGUUGUGCCAAAUUCAGCACCCCCGCCAGGAAAAGCACCCUCUCUCGGAGCGUAUUUCUAAGUAAAGUUAAAUUGCUUUUAUCAAGAAGACGGUGUGUAAAAUUCGGCACUACACCGGGUUUCUCAGGAGGAGAGCUGGGUUCCUCUCAGUCUCUCUCUGUUAGUGCAAUUUAAACUUUAGAUACUAUUCAGUCUGCAGUGAAUUACCAGCUUUUAGUUUUAGUAAAUGUCUUUAGAUUCUGAUAAUCUUGAACUUUCAAACCACAAUUUGACCAAAUUCUGAUCCUGUUUAAAUAUUAGUAUGUACAUUUUUAAAUAUAGUUUUUGCAGUUCUUGAGAUUUCAGCACCAAACCAGCUCCAGAAUAAUUGGUCUGAUUGGAAAUAGCAUGCUAGAGGUUUUGAGCUUUAUUUUGACUCUGAAGUACAUUGAGACUUAUUAUUCUUUUUAAUAUUUUUCUUAUUUUAUUCUUUUGAAACAUUCCAUAAAUACAUACAGUUAUUCAAACAUAUCUAUUUUAUUUUUAUUUACUUAAAUUUAAUUCAAUUUUAGCACAAUACUUCCUAACAUUCCUCUGGUUUUCCUUUCUCAGCCACAGCAGUUCACCAGGAAGUACUGUAGUUCAUUUAUGAAGCAGGACUUCAUAAUAAAAGCCCGUGUUCAGACUGUAUUUGAACCGGAUUUGUUUCUCAGAUCUGUUGAGAUGACUGUCACUGGUACUGUUAUAUGAAAGUGAUCAGAUUGGAUUUGUGUAUCUGAAUGGGGUACACUGCAAAAAAACUAUCGGCAAAAAAAGUACAUUUAGACGUGCUUAUAUUAAGCAAAACGCAAAAGUUUUUUAGUGAGAUUUCUUACCAAAUGUCUCAAAAUGAGAGAAAUAAGAUUUAAAUCAAGCAAAAAUCACUGAUUUCUUGCCUUAAAUAUGUGAGGAAUUGAUUUGUGUUUUCUGUCAGUGUAAAUAAUCACGUCUUGGUGCUUUAAGACGUCUUUAAAAACGAGCUGAAAGAACCUGAAACUGGACAUUUUUCCUCUGUCGUCUGCAGUCCUCUGCUGUUGUGGGUUUUUCUAAGGUUUAUUCAUCUUUCUGAGGAAAUAUAAUAUGAGAUAAAGCAGGAGAAAGUGGAACUCGGUCUCGUGUAAAGAAUGGAAGCUGUAAUAAAGGUAAUGAGUGAAGAAGAAAACUCAAACACUCAAAUAUAAUGAUAUAUUUAGUGGUUGGAGCUUCUGUGUAAUGUUCUUUCAGUGUCUUGUUUCUUGUUUUUUUAUACUUUUCUUUUGGAAAAAUGUGUUUCUGAGCUAUUCAGACUGUUAAUAAGGGGCCAAUGUCUCUCUUUUAAUGACUUUUUUCAUUUACUGCACAAUUUUACUCUGUUUGCUUUGUUUAAAGAAAUAAAACACUAUUCUUGCAAUGCA